AUGUCGUUCCACCACCGAUUCGAGGCCCGUGGUCAUAUUCAGAAUCUCACGGCGGCGAAAACGCUCGAACCACACUGGGGUUAUGCAGAUCGUGCACUGCCAUGCACCAACGAUCCAGGCUCAUGCGCCUAUCUGGAUCUCGUCUACUCCUCCCAUGAUCGGGGCAUGCUCUACACCGGCAUCCUCUGGGCUACCAUCGUCGGCAUGCUCUUCAUAUGGGCUCUUUGGAGACAGUGCAAUCAGCCGCAUACGACACCAGGAUCGAAUAGGCCUCAUCUGGCUGGAUUCCGGAAAUUGAAGACCACGUGCGCCGUCGGGGUCCGACGAUAUCUUCUUCCUGAUGGGAACCGCUGGCUCUUCGGCCGCACCACUCGCCUUCAGAUUUCUGUCCUGGCAGCUCUGGCGGCCUAUUUACUUGUCUUCACCUUUGUUGGCAUUACAUACCAAACCUGGAUCACGCCCGUGUCGGGGAAACAAGGUCUGUACAACACCCGUUCAAGUAUCGGCCCGUGGGCCGAUCGAAUCGGUGUGCUGGCUUAUGCUCUCACUCCAUUGUCAGUGAUGCUUAGCAAUCGCGAGUCAUUUCUGUCUGUGAUGACUGGGUUACCGUACCAGUCCUUCAACUUUUUGCAUCGCUGGCUGGGGUAUAUCAUCGUGGUGCAGGGCUCGCUGCAUACUAUUGGCUGGUGUAUCGUUGAGCUCAGACUGUACCAACCCCAACCUACCGUGGGAAUCGAGUGGAUCACUCAGACCUACAUGAUAUGGGGCAUUGUCGCCAUGAUCUUGUUGCUCUUGAUACUCCUUCUCAGUACCCCCUGGGGUAUCAGGUUGACUGGCUAUGAGACAUUCCGAAAGCUGCAUUAUGUGCUCGCCAUGGUUUACAUUGGCGCUUGCUGGGGUCACUGGGCGCAACUGAAGUGUUUCAUGAUCCCGUCUCUGAUCUUUUGGUGCAUCGACCGCGCCGCACGUCUUGUCCGCACUGCGAUCCUGCACUACCACCCACUCGAAGAUCGAGGUCUGUUGGGCUUCUCAUCUGCUGACGCUCAUAUUACUCGAUUCCCGGACGAGGACUACGGAGAUGUCCUUCGUCUUGAUCUGGAGAACAACCAGGAACCCUGGAAUAUUGGCCAGCACUACUUCCUGUGCUUCCCGCAGACGGGCAUCUGGCAAUCACAUCCUUUUACGCCUCUUAAUGCUCCCGAAGUGGUCAAGGGAAAGGUGAAGCACACCUACAUCAUCAGGGCAAAAUCCGGCGAGACCAAGAAACUGGCCGACCGUGCUGCCGCUGGCUCUAUGUUUAUGCCCGUGAUCCUGUCCGGUGGUUACGGCGAGUCCAUCGAGCAGGGGUUAUAUUCAGACACCAACAUCAUCUGUAUUGCUGGCGGUACAGGAAUUGCAUAUGUGUUGCCCCUACUCCUGAGCCUGGUUAAACAAAUCCCCUCUUCGGAUCGAAAGAUCGACCUCGUGUGGGUGAUGAGACACACCAGUAACGUCGAGUGGAUCCGCCCCGAGUUAGACAUUCUCCGCGCCGCUCGAAAGGCCUUGAACCUGCGCAUUCGAAUGGUCGCCACCAGAGACGUAAGCAGCGCAAACAGCUCGCAUGACAAUGUGCUUCGAUCCACACAAGAGGAUGAAAAGCAAAUCGCCACUUCUCAGCAGAGGUUUUCGGCUCUGGGCGACCUGUGCGAUUGCGCCUUUGACGUCCCACUCAAGUUGGGCGGCGGAGCUUCUGAUUUGAGUCGACGUCCCGACCUGCGAAAGCUAGUGACUGGAUUUCUGGAAAGCACGACUUCGGGUCCUACACGCAUCUUCACGAGCGGCCCUGGUGGCAUGCUGAGUGAAUUGAGGGAGAUUGUGGCAGCGUGCAACUCUCCACUGAAAAUCUGGAACGGCCAAGAGAGGUUUGACGUCGAUUUGGUCUAUGACGAUCGCCUGGAGUGGUAG